AUGUCCGACGUGGAAUUUGGACGGAUGUCUUUCAAAGAGGAGAGCAAGCGUGUCCCGGCCCAGCCCCACUGGUACGAGCGCUACCUGCAGCCUUGCAUCGGGGAGCUGGUGGGCUCGGCCUUCUUCAUCUACAUCAGCUGCGUUUCGGUCAUCGAGAACUCAGAGGGCACCGGGAGGCUGCAGCCGGCCUUGGCUCAUGGGUUGGCGCUGGGACUCACCAUUGCCAUCUUGGGGAAUAUCAGCGGAGGCCACUACAAUCCUGCCGUUUCCCUGGGGGCCUGGCUCGUUGGCGGGCUGAACAUGGUGAUGGUCAUUCCGUACUGGAUCUCCCAAUUCUGCGGGGGAAUGAUUGGAGCUAGCCUGGCUAAGGUGACCACAGAAAGGGAGAGAUAUGAAAAUGCCACAGGAGCAGCUUUCACGGCCAUCACCUCAGAUCAUCAGCUCCCAGCUGCUGUGGUGGGGGAGAUUGUGAUGACCAUGUUCCUGGUGAUGGCUGUCUGCAUGGGGGCCAUUAAUGAGAAAACCAAGAGUCCACUGGCACCCUUCUGCAUUGGCUUCACCGUCACCGUGGACAUCCUGGCUGGGGGAGCCGUUUCUGGAGCCUGCAUGAAUCCAGCCAGAGCUUUUGGCCCUGCAGUGGCUGCCAACUACUGGGACUAUCACUGGGUGUACUGGGUGGGCCCCAUGGGGGCUGCGCUUCUGGUGGGCGCAUUGAUAAGGUUCUUGAUCGGGGACAGCAAGACGCGCUUCUUCCUCAAGUGAGGGGCCCUGCCGGGACCGCCGCCCCCCCGUCCCCGCGCGACCCCAGGUUGCCGCCGCCGCCGCCCUUGCCCGGGGAAGAGACUGGCACAAGCGGGGCUCCACCAAGCGUUCAUUUUUGGCCCUGAAAAAGGGGCGGUGUGGUGUUUUUUUCCCAUGGUUGCAAACCUGGGACAUUCUGCCUCUCCUGUUUUGAAACGCUGCCUCGAAGGAGAGAGACAAAGGCGAAGAGGCGGCGGCCCCGGCAGAUCCACCAGCCGAAGCGUGGAAGCCGCUCCGGGAGGAGCUUCGGCCCAAACGGCCUCCGGGGACCCGGGUGAAGCGCUUCCACCGACCGGAUCCCAUCUGGAAAGGGGCUCCUUCGCCCAGCCGAGCGGGAGGAAGAGCCGGGCUGGUCCGGCUCCCACGGCGAUGCCCUGAGCUCUCGGGACACCUCGGCCGGGCUCGGAGAGGCCCAGCCGCUCCCUGGGCGUGGACCCUCCCCGGCGGAGCUUCCCUCCCCAGAGAGCGUCCCCUUAGCGGCCUCCCUGUGGCCCCGAAGCCUCUCCGCCCAUGCGCGGGGCUGCAGCCAGGCGCCUCCCCGCCCUCCGGCGCCUUGAGAGGCUUUGGCCCAGAUGCCCCCCAAACCCCCGCGCUGGCCCCGGGCCUUGCGGGGGGAGCUCCCCUCCCAGCCGCUUCCUGGACCCGCCACCCCCCAAGUCCCCGAGACUGGCGCCCCCGCCCCGAGAGCCGCCUCCCCGCGCCCUUCGAGAGGCGCUGCGCGGCGGGGGUUCUCGGAGCGGAGACCCCGCCCGGGCUGGGCCGCGGCCGGCGGUCGCCCUGCCCGAAGGAGCCGGCGCUGCGCUUUGCCUGCUGGGAUCGGGAGAAGCCGGGAUCCGGAGACGGCCGCGGCCCUGGGGAGGUCUUUCGCUCCAAGCCAAGGCCGCGGCGCUCUGCGGCCAGUUAAGGGGGCCGCCGGGCCGGGUCUUUCCCCGCCGCCUCGCCGAGCACUGAGCCAGCGGCUGCUUUGCACAAACCUGAACGCGGAACUGCAGGUGGACAAUGGGGACACGUCCUGGCCUUGCACACCAGCAUAUGGGGAGAGGACUGUGGAAGUUUGGGUGAUAACGUUGAUCCUCGAGUUAGCUCCUGCCUGCGGUGGAGGGGCGUCCUCUUUGCUAGCCUCCUAUUGCUUGGCUGUUACGCAAGCACUGGUUACUUAACCAUUAUCUAUUGAAUUAGCCACAGAUUGUUGGAUUAAGCUACUGUUUAGUUUGGGAUCGGAGUACUGCCUGGCCUCCACCAGUGUUCAAACCAUCCUCUCCCAAGCAGAUCUACAGCUGUGCCGCACUUCUGGAGAUACUAACUAGCACAUUAGGCUGAACUCACAAACCAUAAUAAUAAAGUGAAAACCCAGAAAAGCA